GGAGGCGGUGGCAGCGACCGCGGUGGCGCGCUGAGGUCAUCAUGUUGCGCCAUGAUGCUCUCUCUCUCAUUCUCUCUCUUUCUCUCUCUCUAAGUAAAAGAAGCAAACUUUAUUAUUACUCUUUACUCUGUUUUUAGGUCUCACCUGUUGCCCUCUUCCCCAAACGCCACAAGAUAGCGCCCCGCUGCCACCAUCAUCACCCCGAUCCCUCUAUGCUGUUGUGGAAACGAGUCCAUUUCCACAAUGCUUUUGGACUGCUCACAAAGUUCCUCCCUCGCCGAUCGCAGCACCACUCUUCCGCUGACGCAGACGCCGUCGUCGUCACGUGAGAUCUCCCUAAUCGUAACCGCUGACUCCCCCUCCGUUUCUGCGUGUGGGUCGCGCUCAAGUUCGAGAGCCUCGUGGAUCAGCAUUCCCGUAACGAGGUAAGUUGCACUCUCGCCACUAAGGAGUGGUGCUCCCUUUAUUGGGACGCGCUCCAACUUCUGAAGAAAUCUGAGAUUUUCAUAAGUUCUGAAUGUGUUAGAGCCCUCAUAAGGACCUAUUCCUAUAUGGGUCUUGCUGAAGAAGCCAUUCAGUGUUUUGAUAGAAUGUCUGAGUUCGAUUGUGAGCCUGAUGCUCACGCCUAUAACACUAUCUUGAAGGUUGUGCUCAAGAAAGACUUGUUUGUGUUGGCUUUUUCGCUCUAUAAUGUUAUGCUUAGGUCUAAUUCUUUGCCAGAUGACCACACUUACACUCUCUUGAUUGGUGGAUUCUGUAAGAUUGAAAACUUCAAUGCUGCCCUUGAGAUGCUCGAUGAUAUGAGCAAGAGGGGUGUGCUGCCUGAUGUUAAGACGUAUACGGCUAUUAUUUAUGGCCUCUGUCAGUGGAAGAAGGUUGAUGAGGCGUUUAGGUUGUUUAACACUAUGAAAGAAAAUGGGUGCUUGCCUACUUUGCGCUGUUAUAAUGUCUUGAUUAAUGGGUUUUGCAAGAACGGGAGGACAGAUGAAGCGCUUUCUUUGCUGUCUUUGUUGAGGAUAGAUGGUUUUCCUCUUAAUCUGCAGAGUUACCGUUCUCUGAUAAAUAGCUUCAUUCACACCAAGAGAUAUAGUGAGGCAUAUGUAUGGUACACCAAUAUGUUUAAGAGGGAAAUUGUGCCGGAUGUUACUUUAUAUGCUAUCAUGAUACGUGGUUUGUCCGAAGAGGGUAAGGUUGGUGAAGCUGUGAAGAUGUUAGAUGAGAUGAUUGGGAUGGGUUUAGUACCAGAUGCCUAUUGUUACAAUACAUUGAUCAAAGGUUUUUGUGACAUAGGUCGUUUGGACCAAGCUAGAUCUCUUCAGCUUGAGGUUUCCAAGGACGAACAGUUUCAUAAUGCUUACACCUACACCAUUCUCAUCUGUGGCAUGUGUUGGAAUGGAAUGGUUGGAGAGGCACGAGAGAUAUUUAAUCAGAUGGAAAAACUUGGAUGUCUCCCUUCAGUUGUGACCUUCAGUGCUCUGAUGCAUGGCCUUUGCAAGGCUCGCAGAAUUGAAGAAGCACACCUUUUAUUGCACGAGAUAGAGAUUGGGAGAAGCCCAUCUUUGUUUUUCCGGCUUUCUCAGGGUUCUGACAGGGUUUUUGAUAGUGUUAGUCUCCAGAAAAAGGUGGAGCAAAUGUGCGAGGCUGGUGAAGUUUUGAAUGCUUACAAGCUUCUCAAACAACUUGCUGGGAGUGGGGUUGUGCCUAACAUUAUCACAUACAACAUUUUAAUCAAUGGUUUUUGCAAAACUGGUAAUGUCAAUGCUGCUAUCAAGAUUUUCAAAGAGCUGCAACUAAAGGGGAUCUCACCUGAUUCUAUUACUUAUGGGACACUUGUUGAUGGACUUUAUAGGGCUAACAGAGAAGAUGACGCCUUUAAGAUCCGUGAACAUAUGUUGAAGCAUGGUUGUCAACCUGGAUUAUCAAAUUCUAAUGCCCAUAUGAGCUGGUUAAACAGAAAGGGGAAGGUCUCGAUGGCCUUCAAUCUUUACUUUGAAUAUCUGAAAAGCCUUCCGAGGUGGGAUAAUGAUUCAAUCAACGUGUUGGAGAACCAUUUUAUCAGAGGAAAUGUGAAAGAAGUAAUUCGAGGCUUACUGGAAAUGGACUUCACAUGUAGAGAUUUUAAUUUAGCUCCAUAUACAAUUCUAAUUACUGGGUUCUGUAUGGCAAAAAAGGUAGAUGAAGCAUUAGCUAUAUUUUCUGUUCUUGGUGAGUUCAACAUUAAUAUCAAUCCUACAAGUUGUGUACAUUUGAUUAAUAUUCUCUGUGAGGAAGGGAAGCUGGAUGAUGCAGUAAACAUAUUCCUCUACACCCUAGAAAAAAGUUUCAUGUUGAGGCCAAGAAUUUGUAACAAGCUCCUCAAAUGUCUCCUACUUUCGAUAGAUAAAAAGGACUAUGCUAUUGAUCUUGUUGAUAGGAUGCAGUCCCAUGGAUACUGUUUGAAUUCACAUCAGUAUGACAAAGCAAUGUACGUUAUUCGACGGUUAAGGAGAAGGAGGAGCAAUAAAAUACAGAAUUUUGAAUGAUUGAAUAACUCUGACUAUUCAAGAUGGAUAUCAUUCUUUAUUUCGCUCCUCAUUGAUAUCCUGUUAAGGGAGAAUGGUUAUGAAUCGGGUGGCUUGCUACACUUUCAGGAUGAACCAAAGGUACAAGGGAUAGGGAUGCUUAGCUGCAAUAUCUGGCUUAAGGAUUAGGCCCGAGCCUAGCUACGUUGUGAGUGUGCUCGAGCAUGGUAAAAUUUUGACAAUGUGCUCAAGUACAGCAUAAACACACUCUAGAACAACAAUGCAUAAACAAAAAAAUCUGUUCUCAAGCUUAAUGAUUAGUAAAAUGCCCCUUAGUAGGUAUAAAGUCAACAUUGGUGCAUGCCUAACCUAACCUAACCUAACUUCUUCCCAGAAGACUAAGGAAGCUGAGGAAAAGUGUUUGAGAGAAGACUGAAUGUUUUGGAGGUUCAUUUGAGGCACUUGAGGCUUUCUCAGGCUCGUCUUUGUAUUUCAUACGAAGGAUUCCACUUGUACUUCAUUUUCUUCACUUUUCUUAAUGUCUUUGUGGUUCACUUUCCCAUAACCUGAUGUGAUGUUUAAGAGUGUGUACCAUAAACUAAUAGGAUUUCCUUCAAAUUUAGAAUACCUGAGAGUGAAUAUUAGAUUUUAUGAAUAUGCUAGUGAUUGAGAGUUACUACAAGUGACUACCCAUCACCGCUUGCCCUGCUUUGUUCAAUGUCUUUUCAGUUAUUUAAUUGUUUUUCCUCCUUCCUACUUUAAGUUUUACUCAGGAGACUCUAGAUGUUCCAGAUUGCUAGGUUUUGAAAUUUGGGUACAAAAGAUGCUAUGUUCUUCUGCCUAUUCUUACCAAAGAAUUUGCUUCUAGUUAUAUGUUUAUAGGCAAAGUAUUUGAUGGAACUCUCCAAGAGAGCUCCAUUAGAUGAAGUUGCCCAAUUUAUUUACAAAAAGGUCCCAACUCACUAUGAUAUAUUUACACCCCAGGCGGCAACCAGCGGCGAGAUCUUAAAUAGCGGAACAAACUUGAAAAUUGAUCUGAGACACAACUUCUUGGGACAGAACCCUGUUAUCCAGGAUGUUGCAUUCGCUUCCCUCUCUUGGCGUGUAUAGUUAAGCAAAAAUUGAAUGUUAAUCUCCCAAUUUGCUUAUAUAUUGAUAUCAGGUUUUUCACUUUGUGGAUUGUAUAUGGAUAAAACUAGAAGUGGUGAGGAUCUCAGCCAUGAAGAAGAUAAGGUUUUAUUCUGGGAUGAUGUAUCUUUUGAAGGCAAUAAUGAUGGCGAAGAAGAUUAUGAGUUUGACACACAGAUGAAUUUGCGGUGGACGUAAUUGUGUGCAAUGAAAUAGAGUGUGAAGAGCAAGAAUUGUGUUUUAUCGAAGUUAUUGAAGACUUAGAUGUAUAUGAAAAUAGCUAUAGUUAGAAUUAGAUACCAUUGACGGAUUGACCAAUAUGUACAUCAGACCAUAAAUUGAGUAAAAUACCAAUUAAAAUUACAAAAAAGAUUAUAUAAUCACUUUAAAAAGAUAAUCAUCGGUAAGAAAAUCUUCAAUUCAACUUUUACAUAUGUAAACUUUUUCAAAUGUAAGAAUGCUCCCAAAAAAUAAAUUGUAUAUUGCAAGGCACAUCAGCAGUGUGAAAAUUGUUGCUGAGACGCAAUUGUAGUAGGUAGAACUAUGAAUAGAGUAACUACUUGUGUGCUAAGAAAACUUUAUUGAAUGAUCUCAUAAACUGUUUCU